UUCCAAGUGUGUGCAAAGCAGGUGUUUGAUUUUUGAGCCCAUCAAUUCCACCCAUACCCAUAACGGUUUUAGAUUCCCAGCUAAAACUACCCAGUGUCAUAUGCUAACUCAGCAUUCUCAUUGGAUCAAAGAGAGGGAAGUCAAUGACUAUGCAAGACCACCACAGGAAGGAAAAACUGAAAACAUUACUGUCAUUAUAGUCUCAAAAGCCUUAGGCUUUAAUUUAUUUCACUACAUAAACGUGUUUGUGGCGUCAAUGAGCAUAAUGUCAGCUAAUUCCAUUCUUUAUAGCCUACAAAAUUAGAAGGUCAGGAAGAGUCCAUGUCAGUGACUGGUUGACAUAGCAUCUACAUCUUGAAUCAUACCAGUGCUUAAGGUAAAUCAUGUUCAACAUGUUACUGAUAGUGCUGGACAAAUGAAGACCAACAACCAGGCCCUCAGAAGAAACGGUUCCUGGGUGUUGCAACAUCUGAAGUGACCUGCUCACAUCCUGCUCAGCCCGUUAGCAGUUGAACAUGGUCGCCUCAGCGCAGGGUCACACAUAGAAGCAGUGGAACAGUGGAGCAGUCGUUUCUUCCAAGGUCUCCGUUGAGAGAGUCACAGCAAACCUUAUUUUCGGGCAUUUCCGGCGCAGCCAAGAAACCAGGAGACGAAAUAAUGGACGACAGAGUAAACUCCUUGCCCUUCUUCUAUGGCAACAUCACCCGGGAGGACGCGGAGGACUACCUGCGGCAGGGUGGCAUGGGCGACGGCAUGUACCUGAUACGGCAGAGCCGGAGCUACUUAGGGGGCUACGCCUUGUCAGUGGCAUACAGGCGGGAAUGCUACCACUACACCAUCGAGAGGGAGCACAACGGCACGUACGCCAUCAUUGGCGGGAAGAGCCACCGAUCCCCCGUGGAUGUGAUUGACUACCACUCCCAGAAGUGCGAAGGGCUGGUGUGUCUGCUGAAAAUGCCUUACAACAGGCCCAAGGGCAUGCAGCCCAAGGUGGGGCCUUUUGAGGACCUCAAGGAGAAGCUGAUCAGAGAGUACGUGAAAAAGACCUGGAACCUGCAGGGGGCGGCCCUGGAGCAAGCUAUCAUCAGCCAGAGACCUCAGCUGGAGAAGCUGGUCGCCACCACCGCCCAUGAGAAGAUGCCCUGGUUCCAUCACACCAUCACACGUGAGGAUUCCGAAUCACGGCUCCAGAUGGGCUCUCGCACCAAUGGCAAAUUUCUAAUCAGACAGCGGGACCUGAAUGGUUCCUACGCCUUGUGUCUCCUACAUGGGUCUCAGGUCAUGCACUAUCGCAUCGAUAAGGACAAGGCUGGCAAGCUCUCCAUUCCUGAUGGGAAGAAGUUUGACACCCUGUGGCAGCUGGUGGAGCAUUACUCCUACAAGCCAGACGGGCUGCUCCGCGUACUGACUGACGCUUGUCCACGACCCGAGGGCGAUGGCAUUGGUGGUUUUGGACGACCGGGUUAUAAUAAUCUAUUGGAGGCAGCAGGUGGAAUGCUCUCCAGGCUCAAAUCCUACUCCAUACCCAUACCUGGCCGAAAAAAGGGCAGGGUCAACUCUCUCAGCAAAACCACAGAUAAUCUCAACCCUUAUGACACCAGGGCUUCAAAUAAUAUGGUCAGCAAAGAGUGCAUGCCAAUGGACACAGAGGUGUACGAGAGUCCAUAUGCUGACCCGGACGAGCUGAGGACCUCCACUGUGGACCGCAAACAGCUCUUCCUGGAAGAUGGAGAGUUGGGUUCUGGGAACUUUGGAACUGUGAUGAGGGGCAUGUACAAAAUGAGGAAGACAGAGAAGCCGGUGGCAGUGAAGAUCCUGAAGAACGAUGACAACAACCCGGCAGUGAAGGAGGAGAUGCUGCGGGAAGCCAACGUCAUGCAGCAGCUGGACAAUCCGUACAUCGUCCGCAUGAUCGGCAUCUGCGAGGCCGAGAGCCUCAUGCUGGUCAUGGAGCUGGCCGAACUGGGGCCGCUCCACAAGUACCUCCAGAGGCACAAACAGAUCUCCAUUAAGAACAUCACAGAACUGGUGCACCAGGUUGCUAUGGGCAUGAAAUACCUGGAGGAGCACAACUUUGUGCACAGGGACCUUGCGGCCAGGAACGUCCUGCUGGUCACCCAGCACUAUGCCAAGAUCAGCGACUUUGGCCUGUCCAAGGCUCUCACAGAGGAGGAGAACUACUAUAAGGCAAAAGGCCAUGGGAAGUGGCCAGUGAAAUGGUACGCCCCAGAGUGUAUGAACUAUUUCAAGUUCUCCUGUAAGAGUGACGUGUGGAGCUUUGGGGUCCUGAUGUGGGAGGCAUACACGCUAGGGAUGAAACCAUACAAGGGCAUGAAAGGAAACGAGGUGAUCCAGAUGAUUGAGAAUGGUGAGCGCAUGGAAAGUCCCCCCAACUGUCCCCCGGAGAUGUAUGACCUCAUGAAGAAGUGCUGGACAUACAAGGCGGAUGAAAGGCCUGGAUUUGCGGUUGUUGAGCCGAGACUGAGGGAUUACUACUAUGACAUAUCAUCACAAUGAUCAGUCACCUCAAUCAGCAACCAGUGGAGUGGAGCAGGGAAUAGAGCAUCUGACUAUGGACCUCAGGAGAUUCUGUCUGCUGUGGGGUGCUAGUGUGGUGCUCUUGGCACCGAUGGCUUCUUGGGAGUUCCUCUCAUUAAAAAGUGUUAUUAAGACAGAGAAACCUGGUCAGUAUAGAUUUAAAGAUUGAACAUAUUGUAAAUUGAUUACAAAUAUCAGUUUUAAACAAUGUUGGAAAGUAAAUAAAAAAUAUUGAAACCACUUCAUUGAAACACAUUUUAGUAAUUUAGCCUCUUAUCCAAAGCGACUUACA